UCCGUCCGCCGGACCCCUAACAUCAGAUGCUGCCGGUCGGAAUUGUCUUUCCCGGUACCGACCUGCUGCCUUCUGCCAGUUCCUCCGCCGCAUCCUCUAGCUGGUCGCCCAGGGCACUACAUACCCCCGGCCAGCGGAGGGUGACACUUCCUGUUUCCGGGAGGCGGCCCAGUGAACCUCAACUUCCGGCCUGGGACUGAGAGCAAAACAAACCGGUGUCCGACCCCCCUGGACCAAGUGAGAGCGGCCUGCUGACACCGGGCCCACGGAGCGGGUAGGGGUUGAGGCAGUGGGGUCACUGACACCCCGCUAGGGGGGCCUGGGCCUGGACAGUCACAUUGGGGGAGUUGGACAAAGGCCGGAAGAACUCAGGGACCUGUUUGAGGACUGAGGGAGAGUUUGGCCUCACAGAGAGGCAGAUGCUAUAGUGGUGCGGAGUACCGGGGGGAGGGGGGCUGCUCACCCUGUGGAUCACUAAGUUUGGUACCCAGGAUGGGGCUGCGAUGCAAGCAUUGUACCUGUGCUGGGCCAUAGACACUCAGUGCCAGUGCUCCAGGCUGGGGGUGCUGCAGGGCCAGGGGGGGGUAAAGGAUGCCCAGUGCCAGGUGGUGAGGGAUACCCAGUGCCUGGAUGUGUCUUUGUCUUUUAAUAAGCAGAGCUGGCAGUUCUCAAUACAGUAUUCCAGAAACAGAAUCUUGGUUUGAAGUUUACCCUGCUGCCUGAUGAUGAUCUAUCACUGACUCGUGAAAGAGCAAGAGGCCUGUCUGCUUCUGGGACCAACUUUUAAGGAUUUACACGGAACCCUAUGUUGAAGGACCAUCCUCGCUUUAAAGAAUGGAUACAUACAGCGAAUUUGUGCCCCCUCCCGAGUGCCCAGUGUUCGAGCCCAGCUGGGAGGAAUUCACUGACCCUCUGAGCUUUAUUGGCCGCAUACGCCCUAUUGCUGAGAGGACAGGGAUUUGCAAAAUCCGCCCUCCCAAGGAAUGGCAGCCACCUUUUGCCUGUGAUGUGAAAAGCUUCCAUUUCACUCCUCGGGUGCAGCGUCUUAAUGAAUUAGAGGCAAUGACCAGGGUGAAGUUAGAUUUUCUGGAUCAGCUGGCAAAGUUCUGGGAGCUCCAAGGUUCUACGCUAAGAAUUCCUGUGGUGGACCGCAAACUACUGGAUCUGUAUGCACUAAGCAAGGUGGUUUCCAGUGAAGGGGGAUUUGAAAUUGUGAGCAAAGAGAAGAAGUGGUCCAAGGUUGGCACACGCCUGGGGUAUAUGCCAGGAAAGGGCACAGGCUCCCUGCUUAAGUCGCAUUAUGAUCGCAUCCUUUAUCCUUAUGAGCUGUUCCAGUCUGGUAUAAGUCUUAUGGGCAUCCAGAAGCCAAGUUUAAAAGCUGAGGAGAAGGUGGAAGUGACAGAGCCGUGUGAAGAUCACAGAGGAUCAGCUGAGAGCGAGAAGACAAGUAUCCCAGUAAAGAGAUCUAGACGCAUUAAGUCUGAGUCGGAGCCCCUGGAAAUCACAAAGUCUGCAAAGUCCCCAGAAGUGAAGAAACUCCAUGUUUUUGGAGGAUCUCCUAAGAUGACAGGUGUUGGAGACAGUGUUAAAGACAGAACUGACGAAGUGUCCAGGAAGCGGAAAAGUUCGAAGUUAGAAGCCUUUGGGAUGCAAAUGCGACAAAGGAAGGGAGCUUUGUCUGUUAACUUUGUUGACCUAUACAUAUGCCUGUUUUGUGGUCGUGGUGACGGUGAAGAUAAAUUAUUGCUUUGUGAUGGUUGUGAUGACAGCUACCACACCUUCUGCCUCAUACCACCAUUGCUAGAGGUACCAAAGGGUGACUGGAGAUGUCCUAAAUGUAUAGCAGAGGAAUGCAGCAAGCCACGUGAGGCUUUUGGGUUUGAGCAGGCUGUGAGGGAAUAUACCCUGCAUAGCUUUGGCGAGAUGGCUGAUGGCUUCAAGUCUGAUUACUUCAAUAUGCCUGUGCAUAUGGUACCAACAGAGCUGGUGGAAAAGGAAUUUUGGCGACUGGUGAGCUCCAUUGAAGAAGAUGUCAUUGUUGAGUAUGGAGCAGAUAUCUCCUCACGUGAUUUUGGAAGUGGGUUUCCAGUACUUGAUGGUCGUAAAAAGCUAAUGGCAGAUGAAGAGGAAUAUGCCCAAUCUGGUUGGAAUCUCAAUAACAUGCCAGUGCUGGAGCAGUCUGUACUCGCUCAUAUUAAUGUGGAUAUCUCUGGAAUGAAGGUGCCCUGGCUCUAUGUGGGCAUGUGCUUCUCAUCCUUUUGCUGGCACAUUGAAGAUCAUUGGAGCUACUCUAUCAACUACCUGCAUUGGGGGGAGCCUAAGACUUGGUAUGGAGUGCCUUCACAUGCUGCUGAGCAGCUCGAGGAUGUGAUGAGAAAACUGGCGCCUGAGUUGUUCGAGAGUCAGCCAGACCUUUUACACCAACUGGUAACCAUCAUGAACCCCAAUAUUCUAAUGGAUCAUGGAGUUCCAGUCUACAGGACAAAUCAGUGCGCUGGAGAGUUUGUGGUCACCUUUCCCCGUGCUUAUCACUCUGGUUUCAACCAGGGUUACAACUUUGCAGAGGCUGUGAAUUUCUGCACUGCAGACUGGUUGCCUCUUGGAAGACAGUGUGUGACCCAUUAUCGCAAACUCCGACGGCAUUGUGUGUUCUCCCAUGAAGAGCUGAUCUUCAAGAUGGCUGCUGAUCCUGAAUGUCUAGAUGUCGGCUUGGCUGCUGCAGUAUGCAAAGAAAUGACAGCAAUGAUUGAGGAGGAGACUCGGCUGCGGGAUUCAGUUGUCCAACUGGGGAUUGUACAGUCUGAAGAAGAGGUGUUUGAGUUGGUUCCAGAUGAUGAGAGGCAGUGCUCUUCUUGCAGAACAACCUGUUUCCUCUCUGCCCUAACAUGUUCAUGCAAUGUUGACCGUCUCGUGUGUCUAUACCACCCAGAGAAUCUGUGCUCCUGUCCCAUGCAAGACAAGUGUCUCAGGUUCCGUUAUUCGCUGGAGGACUUUCCAUCACUCCUCCAUGGAGUGAAAUCAAGGGCUCAGUCAUAUGAAACAUGGGUUAAUAGGGUGACCGAAGCACUGACUGCCUCUCUUAAUCAUAAAAAAGAUAUCAUAGAGUUGAAAGUUAUGCUUGAGGAUGCUGAAGAUCGUAAAUUUCCUGAGAAUGAGUUGUACCGCCGGCUUCGUGAUGCUGUGAAAGAAGCUGAAACCUGUGCUUCAGUCGCUCAACUCCUCCUCACCAAAAAACAGAAACACAGUAAACUGGGCUCAGAAUGUGGCAAGACACGCACCAAACUUACCAUGGAGGAGCUAAAAGCCUUUGUGCAGCAGCUGUUUAGCUUACCCUGCAUCAUUACUCAAGCCAGGCAGGUGAAGAAUCUGCUGGAUGAUGUGGAGGAAUUUCAUGAACGUUCCCAGGAAGCUAUGAAUGAUGAAAUCCCUGACUCCAGCAAAUUGCAGGCCUUAAUUGACUUGGGCACCAGUCUGUAUGUUGAGCUCCCUGAGCUACCUCGGUUAAAACAGGAGUUGCUGCAGGCACGGUGGCUGGACGAGGUGCGUCAAACGCUGUCAGAUCCUCACAGGGUCACGUUGGAUGUGAUGAAAAAGCUGAUUGACUCUGGUGUGGGUUUGGCCCCACACCAUGCAGUGGAAAAGGCUAUGGCAGAACUUCAGGAACUACUCACUGUGUCUGAGCGUUGGGAAGAAAAGGCAAAAACAUAUCUGCAAGCCAGGCCGCAGCACAGUAUGUCCAGUCUUGAGAGCAUCCUGUCUGAGGCUAAAAACAUUCAAGCAUACCUGCCUAAUGUGCUUGCGUUGAAGGAGGCAUUACAAAGAGCUAAAGACUGGACAUCAAAAGUAGAAGCCAUUCAGAGUGGCAACCAUUAUGCGUAUCUAGAGCAGCUAGAGAGCUUACUUGGAAAAGGGCGUCCCAUUCCUGUACGUCUGGACGCGCUUUCACAGUUGGAGUCUCAGGUAGCUGCUGCACGAGCAUGGAGAGAUCGCACGGCCAGGACUUUUCUCAAGAAAAACUCCAGUUACUCUUUAUUACAGGUAUUGAGUCCACGGACCGAUAUUGGUGUGUAUGGAAGUAGUCGAAGCAAACGAAGGAAGGUGAAGGAGCUAAUCGAGGAAAAGGAUUUGGAUUUGGAUUCCAUGAGUGAAUUAGAAGAGCAACUAGAUGAGCCAAGGAACACUGCUUCUGUGGUUGCAAUAUUUAAAGACCUUGAACAAAAAGAAAUUGAUUCCAUGCGCUCAAUACGCGCUGCCAACCUUGCAAAGAUGACUAUGGUAGAUCGUAUUGAGGAGGUGCGGUUCUGUGUGUGUCGAAAAGCAGCCAGCGGCUUCAUGCUUCAGUGCGAACUGUGCAAAGACUGGUUUCACAGUACAUGUGUUCCACUACCCAAAACCAGCUCCCAGAAAAAAGGCUCAAGUUGGCAAUCUAAGGAUGUAAAGUUCCUUUGCACUCAAUGCAUGCGUUCACGUCGACCACGCUUAGAAACCAUCCUCUCAUUGCUAGUAUCCCUACAGAAACUGCCUGUGCGGCUUCCAGAGGGUGAGGCACUUCAGUGCUUAACAGAACGUGCCAUGAGUUGGCAGGACAGAGCGAGGCAGUCACUGGCCACAGAUGAGUUGUCUUGUGCUCUUGCUAAGCUGUCCAUGCUUAGCCAGCGUAUGGUGGAGCAGGCUGCACGAGAAAAGACUGAGAAGAUUAUCAGUGCAGAACUGCAGAAGGCAGCAGCCAAUCCUGAUCUGCAGGGUCACCUUCCCAUUUUCCAACAAAGCUCUUUUAGCCGAGGCCUGUCCAGUUUGGCUCCCUCUCCCCAGACACCUUUGGAUUAUGACGACGAGGAGACGGAUUCAGAUGAGGAUAUCAGAGAGACAUACGGCUAUGAUAUAAAGGACACUGGUAGUGUAAAGUCUUCAAGCAGCCUGGAACCAAACUUAUUUUGUGAUGAAGAGAUCCCCAUCAAGUCAGAAGAAGUUGUGAGCCACAUGUGGGCUACUCCAUCAUUCUGUGCAGAACAUGCAUAUUCUUCUGCCUCCAAAAGCUGUGUGCAAGCUUCAGCAACGCCCCGAAAGCAACCUCGAAAGACUCCACUGGUGCCUCGAAGCCUAGAGCCUCCUGUUCUCGAGUUAUCACCAGGCGCUAAGUGCCAGCUUGAAGAACUGAUGAUGCUAGGGGACCUGCUGGAAGUAACACUGGAUGAGACUCAGCAUAUCUGGAGGAUUCUUCAGGCAACUCACCCACCAUCAGAGGAGAGGUUUCUUCAUGUAAUGGAGGAUGACAGUUUGGAUGAGAAGCCUCUAAGACUGAAGAGUCGGGAGUCAUCUGAGAAAAAACGCAAAAGGAAAUUGGAGAGAGCAGAACAGCUAUUGGCUGAGGGUAAACAGAGAUCGAAGGACCUGAAAAAGUUAGACAAGACCAAAAAGAAGAAGUUAAAGCUGGGGCAUGACAAAGCCAAGGAACUCAGCAAAUUGGCCAAGAGGCUGGCCAAACAAGAAGAGCGCAAAAGGAAAAAAGAGAAAGCCGCAGCUGCAAAGGCUGAGCUAAACAAAGAGAUUAUAGAAAAGAAAAGAGAGAAGAAAGUACUGGACAUUCCAUCGAAAUAUGACUGGUCAGGGGCUGAAGAUUCUGAUGAUGAGAAUGCAGUGUGUGCUGCACAAAAUUGCCAGCGUCCCUGUAAAGACAAGGUUGACUGGGUGCAAUGUGAUGGUGGCUGUGACGAGUGGUUUCACCAGGUUUGUGUUGGUGUAUCCUCCGAAAUGGCUGAGAAUGAAGACUACAUUUGCACGAACUGUAACAGGAAAAAAAUACAGGGUCCAUGCCCUCCUUGUCCUCCUUGCCCACCCACCUUGACUUUCUCCUCUGGCUUCACCUUGCCUCCUAUUGAUGUAAAGCAAGAAGUCAGCUAGCACUACAGGUUCCCAAAAUACAGACUGGAUGUUUCAUUAUUUCCACCCUCUAAGCUACCAUCCUAUGCCUACUUCUCUACAACGAGAUGUAUUUGUUUUAGAUAACCCCCUCAGCACUGUGCAGUUCCUUGUGGAUUGGAGGUGGCCACUAUGGAGCGUAUGAGUCUCUUUCACUAAUCUGCAGAUUACUAUAGUGCAGAAUAGUGAAGCGCUCUAAGAGUUGGGAUAUAUUUGAGGUGAUCACUUUACAUUCUAAAAUUCCAUUUUCAUUAGUGGAGAAUCUGAACAUCAGUCUCCACUAAAUCUGCCCCUCCUGGUGCAUAGACCCUGUUUCCUAACCUAAUUAUUGCAGAGUUUUGUUGUCUCGAUCCUCUGAGCUCCCAUUAGUCAUCACCUGUAUGAUUUGAGCCCACAACCCAGAAUGCUGCAACAACUACAGAAACUCUCAUUGACGAGGAGCGUUCAACUGCUCACUCAGGUUUAGUUGAAGUUUAAUUUUUUGGGGUACUGACUUCAAGACCAAACCUCCACCCAUUGAGCCGCUCCAUAUCUGAGAAGGAAUUACAUAAAACACCUACAAAGAAAGACUUUGUGUGCACUCCAUAGCAUACAGGAAAGGGUUACGUCUUCCUGGCAUGUAAUCGUUUUGUUGCAUCUGGACAAAGUGUGUCUUGUUUCAUCGUGGGACAGAUACAGGAAUAUCAGCCUCUGGUCUUGGCAGAAGUGGAGUUAUAGUUAGCGAGCACUGGCAAAGAUGUUAUAAAAAAAACCACUGCAUUAGCAGUGGUGGCACUUAGGCCAUUGAAGAAGUGUGGUUUGGAAAGAAUGCAGUGUUCAGGGUUGGGGUAGAUAUGGGGGGGGGGGGGGGAGGUUAGUCUGUGUGGGUGGUGUGUUACUUGGGUUCAGGAAAUCCUAGGAAGAAAGGAAUAUAAAACCAGAAGAAAAAAAAAAUCCUUUUUUUUUUUUUUUUUAGUUUCUUCUUCCUGUGACUACUGACUGUUGUAUAAAUAGAUUAUUCUCCCAUUCUUUUCACUGUUUGUAAAUGGUUACAGGGCUUUCUAAUGCCAAUGAUGGGUCCCGUUUUCAUUCUUGUAUUUACUUAUAAAAGCCUGGCACUUCAGUCAUGUUAAUCUGAAACUCAAGGAUCCAAAUGAAUGAAACGGUAUCUGGCAACAGCCACCCAUAAAGUCCCCCCCCCCCCCCCCCCCCCCAACAAUGAAUACGAGUAGUUCAUCAGAAAUAGAAGUAUACAAUGUUCAUUUUUUAUAAAGCUGUUUUGGGUUAAAUAUUCCAUGUAAAAAAAAAAAAGGUUUCUUUGAUUCUUUUAUCACCUGAUUGAAGAUGUCCUGGUAUAAUUGGCACCCUCUUCUCCAUUGUGAAUGUUAUUUAUUGAUGGGGAAGUAAGACUGAUGCUAUUAUGUGGGUUGGGGCAAAAUCAUUCUAAUGAAGAUCUUUCCUUUUUGGUACUGAAAGAGAGGAUAUGUAAAAAAUAAAUAAAUGAAAAAGAGGGGGAGGUUGGAGCAGGAGACAAAAGAAGCGGUGAAGCAAGACAUUAACAUACAAGGUUUACAGUAAAUAUUAUUUAUCAUUUGUUUCCAAAAACUGGAGGAAGAGGAAAAAAAAAUGUUUUUUCCAUUGCCAUUAUACUCGCUGGAGCAUAUUUUCGAAAACCUCUGGUCUCAAAUGUUGAUAGAAAAGUGUUUUGUAAGAUUUUCUUUAAAGCAAAGAAUUAUUUAAAGGUUUUUAAGAACAGAGGGGCAUUUUAAUUGACUACUCUAAUUUCUGUAUUAUAAAUUGUGAUGCCACUCUUAAUAACCAUAAAAGGAAUCUGACUGCUGUGUGAGAUUACUCAGGAGAGGGCAAAUAUGGUGGUUUGAAUGAAAUUAUUCAUACAUAUUCAGUGACAUGUGCAUCUUAAUACAGAGUACAACACUGUAAGUGAUCUUUUUCACUAAACAGUGUUAUGCUGGCAACUGAGCUUUUAGCACAAAUUUUUAAACCAACUUUUAGCCUAAGGUAGUAGAAUUUGAAAAGGAAAAAAAAAUAAAGUUGGAAGAUUUUUUUAACUUUUCUGUUUUGGCCAAGGUUUUGCAGGUCCAUUGUUAAUGCUCCAUGUUUAGUAAAUGGCUUCAAAUUAAUUUGUUCCUUAAGUGUUUAUUUUAGUUUUUUUUUAUUCACAGUUGAAAACGGCAAUAAAUCAAAGUGUAGGAUUCAGCCUUGACAUGAAUUAUCUCUAUCUGGCUUGUGCUUAUUUAUAGGUAUAUAUUAAACUUUCCAACAAAUCAUGUGGUUACACUUAACAGAUUGUUAAAACAG